AUGGCUUGUCCGAAUAAUAUAGCGCCCGGUAAAUUCCUGAUGGAUUCUUUAAUGGGAGGAUCAUCUUCCUUCAGGGGUGAGGGUUAUUCCAGCAACCCCGGGAUGUACAUCCACACAGCUGCAGAGUACGGAUACUCAGUGAUGAGAAACAUUGGGAAGGUAGGACCAGCUUCCCUCUCCAAAAGAGACGAGGGUCCUCCGGGCGGUGUUCCGCUCAGCGGCUUCCAGGAUGCACCCUACCUGUCUGCCACAUGGACCCCAGGCUCGAAAAGGGACGAACAACCUGUUGCCCAAUGUUUACAACCCUGCUCGUUUCCAGCGGGCAACGUCAAAGAGGAGGCGUUUUGUUGCCUCUAUCAGGAUGACAGCAAUAAGGGGAAGCAGACAACAGAGUCGGCCACUUACAUCCGGCUUGGGGACAAUAGCUGCCGGCCUGAGCGGUCCGUCACGUCCAGCGGAUGUUUCCAGGUGUACAACGGAGAGAGGCCGCCGCAGGACGACCAUCAGUUCCUCUCCGGCUUCUCUCUGACCCACUUGGCGACAUCUGUUGAAUCAGCAUCAAAAUCGACAAUAAGUUGCAACACAUCGGCGCAAGAGACAGUGAGGCUGGUUUCAAAGACAGAUGAGAGUCAGAACAGGAAGAAAGAGAAGGCCAAGAGUGACAGCUGUUCAGAUAACUCGGACCGGCCAUUACAAGAUGAUUUAUCCGCGGAAAAGACUGCGGGAAGCUGGUUAAAAGCCAAAAGUGGAAGGAAGAAGCGCUGUCCAUACACAAAGCACCAGACGCUGGAGCUGGAGAAGGAGUUCUUGUUCAACAUGUAUCUGUCUCGGGAGCGCCGCCUGGAGAUCAGUCGGAGUAUCAACCUGACCGACAGACAGGUCAAGAUCUGGUUCCAAAAUAGACGCAUGAAGCUCAAGAAGCUCAACAGGGAGAGCCGAGGAAGGGAGCACAGUGCAGUAUAUAACUAUUCCUGA